AUGGAAAGAUAUUUUAAAAGAAAAGAACCGUCUUCUAGUAAUACCGAUGAAGAAUCUUUAAGGAGAAAUAACCCUAAUAUAGAAAGACCUCGCUCUACUUUCUCAACGCCUAUUACAGUAGAUGAUAUGAAUAAUCUUCCUUGGGAUCCGUCCGAGAGACCAAGAAUUUUGAAAUAUAAUCCUAACCAAAGAGACAAGAUAAGGAGACGAUAUUGGAUUCGAGGACCAUGUCAACCCCAUGGCCAUACUUUUCCACAAACAAUGAUAGGGAAUAGGGCAAGGCGUUUUGUCCUGACAUGGUUUGAUAAAUAUAGCAAUUGGUUGGAGUACAGCGUAAAGGCAGAUAAAGCAUUUUGCUUGUGUUGUUACUUAUUUAGAGAUGAUGUUAACAAUCGUGGAGGAAAUGAAGCGUUUGUGACUCAAGGAUUUAAUAGUUGGAAUAAAACCGAGAGAUUUAAUGAGCAUAUUGGUGAUAUUAACAGUUUCCAUAAUAUAGCACUAAAAAAGUUUUUGUUGAAUGGUGCAUUACCAUUUCGCGGUCAUGAUGAGUCGGAAAGUUCUUUUUUCAGAGGACAUUACUUGGAACUAAUGAAAUUAAUUGCAAGUCAAAAUGAACUAUUUGGUGAUUUUACUUUAAAAAAUGCACCGGGGAAUGAUAUGUUAGUGGCUCCAAGUAUACAGAAAGCUAUGUGUCAAAGCUAUGAAAAAGAGGUACUCAAAAUCAUUUUUGAUGAAAUUGGUGAUGGUGUAUUUUCAUUAUUAGUUGAUGAAUCGAGUGAUGUAUCAAAAAAGGAGAAGAUGGCUAUUGUUUUGCGAUAUGUUGAUAGAUAUGGGUUUGUCAAGGAGAGCUUUGUUGGUCUUGUUCAUGUGACUGAUACAUCCUCUUCAUCUCUUAAAUCUGCCAUUGAUAAAUUUUUUUCCUGA